AUGGUGUACGGUAAGCCACUCCUACUUCAUGGCGAAUUGCUGGUGUCCACCUCCACCAGGGACAUAGACGACUCAGCCGAUUUCUUCCGUGAGCUGCGCAAGCAUUUUCAUGCUCUCAGGUCAGUCAGCGACACCAGGCACGGCGAGCGCAAACUCUUUGUCUUCAAAGAUUUUACCACUGCCACCCACGUCAUCAUCAGGCACGACGCUCCAAAAAUACCGCUCCAGAUACCAUACGAUGGUCCCUACAAAGCUGUUUCCCGAGCCGAGAAACACUUCACGUACUCGAUGCGAGGUAGAAACGUUUCAGUUUCUAUCGAUCACAUGAAACCAGCCUACAUCGUCUCCGAGAACAUCACUGCAUCUGAGGGUAUCACUGACCUUGACGAAGAUUACGACGACUUUAUUCCAGUUUCUCCAGGAGAUAAUCGAGGUCCAUUGCAACAGGAACCAGCAUCAUCACCUGCCCCCAGGAUACGCUCAGGUCAUCGUGUUCAAUUAACCGAACGCUACCAGGUAGGCUUAAAUAAUUUUGCAACCUAUUCUUUCAUUUUGACGAUUUAA